UGUCCACUAGGUGCAAUGAAUUCCAAAUUGAUUUGCUCCCUCUUCGUUCUCCUGGCUGUGGUACACGUUAAUGUUGCACAUGGCCGUGGGCGAAGGCGUGGCAAUUGUGGAGGAGAUGGCAACGGAGGUGGUGGCAAUGGAGGUGGUGGGGGAACCGGUGGUGGCGGCGGCGGUACGGGAGGUGGCACUGGAGGCGGAGGAACCGGUGGUGGCGGUGAUGGAGGUGGGGCAGGAACAGGAGGUUCUGGAAAUGGUGGCGCUCCACUCAUAAUCAACCCAAACCAGCGCCGUGAUGACUCAGAACUAAAUAACAACAACAACAAUACCCUUGAGUUCAGUGGCGUGGAUGGGGACAAUGAUGAAAACGAUGGAGGAGAAAGUGAAGCUUUCAAUGGAGGAAACAAUAGUGGAGAAAGCAGCGGAGAGAAUGAAUUUGAUGGAUUUCGCCCGCGUCCAGGCCCCCCAAACAGAUUCAGGGGCAAUAACGGCUUCCAAAACGGCUUCCAAAACGGCAGAUUCCAAGGCAACAAUGAAUUCCAACCUGGCCCAUUCCAGGGCAACAAUGGAUUCCAACAUGGCCAAUUCCAGGGUGGUAAUGGUUUUCGAGAAGGCAGAUUCCAGGGCGUUAAUGGUUUCCGAAAUGGUAGAUUCCAGGGUGGCAAUGGCUUCCCAAAUGGUAGAUUCCAGGGUGGCAAUGGCUUCCAAAAUGGUAGAUUCCAGAGCGGUAACGAUUUCCGACGAGGCAGAUUUCGUGGCAAUAAUGGUUUCCAAGGAGACAGAUUCCAGGGCGGCAAUCAAUUUCAAGGAGGCAGAUCCCAAGGCAACAAUGAUUUCCGAGAAGGCAGAUUCCAGGGCAACAACCAAUUUCAAGGUGGCAAAUCCCGCGGCAAUAAUGAUUUUCAAGGAGGCAGAUCACAGGCCAAAAACAAAUUCCAAGGAGGCAGAUCCCAGGGCAACAACGAAUUCCAAGGUGGCAGAUCCCCUGGCAAUAAUGGGCCCCAAGAAGAAGGUGACUUCCGUGGUGAAAAUAGAUAAGCUGGAUUUUCGACAGACUAUGGAUAUCAAAAUUUUGAUUUUCUGCGGCCAAGUCGUUUAUAAAGUGAUGAAUUAAUGUGUUACCUCAUAUGUGGAUAAAUGCCAAGCUCAAACCUAAGUUUGCGUUGCAUUUGUGCAUGUUUAAAUGAAUCAGUGGUUUUCUUCA